AUGACCUCCAGAAGUCCUCCUCUGAGAGCACCUGUGCCCCCACUCUACGUACCUGAAUUAUAUCCUCCGCAGUCUCCCAAUCAUGCGACGUCGCCUUCAAGUGCACCAAUCUGGACAGACCAGAGCUCCCCAGGAAUAUGCACGACUGGAUCGCCUUCCUUACUUUCCCCUCCCGGCCUGAAAUUCACAACGUCUGAGUUUCAGGGUGGCAGCAGCGAGUUCGGACAUUCCAGACAUUCCGGAGAGAUCUCUGCCCUCCAGUUAUCUCCAGUGUUUAUACACACGUCUUUCGAAGGCACCGCUCUUUCGCUGGAUCCGGUGACGACUUCCACCCGAUCGUCUAGUCGGGCGUCCUCUUUGGAGUUGGUAGCCCCAAGCCCGUCCAAGGGGAACAUCAUGCAUGAGGACCUCAACCAUCUCACCGUCGGAAUUCUAUCCCCAAUGUCGCCUUCCCCUACUUCGGCGGUAAACAGGCUUCACAAGAUUCUGCACGGUUCCGCGAAGGCGGUGCCUGCAUCGCUCAGUCCUCCAUCGGCUGCAGCCUUGUCGUCAUCCAUCGUCGCGCCCGUGUCGCGUCCACAAGCCUCUGAGAACCGUCAUCGAAACUCACUCAGCGAACCCACCAAGCUAUCGACUCAAACAAUACGUCGUCCACAUCACUCCCGGUUCUACAUGGGCGACGACUUGGUGACGUUCAAUGUACAAGGGUGCAUAUACAGGGUGCACCGCCAUCAUCUGGAGGAAGAUUCGGACUAUUUUCGUCGCCUAUUUCUCUUACGCAGUCCUGAGGAGGGCAGGUGUGACGAAACGGCAUUCAUACUGCGCUUCGUCACUCAGCUCGACUUCGACUGCCUUCUGAACUUCCUGUACUAUGGUGUCUAUGAGCCAGAAACGCUCAUACUCAAUGAAUGGAUCAUCCUGCUCAGCGUCGCCACGCAACUGGAGUUCGCUCGGGUCCGCCGAUGGGCCAUACGGGCGCUUUCGGGUCAGCUCGACGCCAUGAGCCCUGUGGAGGUCAUCGUGCUCGCGAUGAAGCACAGUGUCCCGGAGUGGCUGGCGGCGGCUUAUGGGGAGCUGUGCCGCCGACCGCACCCCCUGGACGAUGACGAGGCAGAACAGCUUGGUGCACGGACCGCGGCACGGAUCGCGAAUGCUCGCGAGGUGUUGCGCGAGGAGACGUUCAGCGCACACCUCCGCAGGCGGUACGGAUGCUCAUAUGUGCAGCCAGCCGCGUAUGACGACGACCUUGUCUCGAAAGUCGUGAUUGAGGUUUUCUGGCCGGAAAUGGCGGAGACUCGAUGA